AUGAGUAAUCGUACGCCUGGGAAAUUAAACGUUGGUGCUGUUGGCGGAAAACUCAACAAUUUACUUCUUGCCGGUCCGCCGGCCAAACCAGCGUCAAGAAUUGCCACUAGCGAACCCCGAAAACCGACGUGUUUGGUGACUGAAAAGAUAUCGUUUUCGACUACAGUUUCCCCCAAGACUGUUACUGGUGGAGGAUCUCUAAAGAAAACUCCAGUGAAGCUUAAUGUAGGAGCAAUUGGAGAUAAACUUAACAAUAUACUUCUUUCUGGUCCGCCCGGUAUGAAACCAAAACUCGCUGGGAAGACUGAAAAACCAGCUGAAAAGGUUCAAGACGGACUGAUUGGUGUUUUAAAGGCUCGCCCACGCGGACCUGCUAAUAGGCGGCCUAUGACCCGAUCAAUGGUUAUGACUUCUUCAUUCCAAAUUGACGACUUGAAAGAUGCUGAAAAAAAUUUACAAGAACCUUCCGAAACGGAUCCAGUUCACUUUUGA